GUUUAGAACAUGGUUAAAAUGGUACACUUUUGAAAGAAAAUAUGGGUUUUGCAAUUAUGGGGCGGAGCAUAAUUGAAAAAUCGAUAUUUCCUUAUAAAAAUUUUCCAUUUUAAUAAUAAUAAUAAUAAUAAUAGUAUUUUAUUAACGGAAUCACCAUUACACAACAUGUAGGUACAUAAUUACAUUUUUUAUAUCUGUAUAAAUACAGUCAACUACGUAACCAUUUGCAACGUUUUUGAACAAGUAAUCCCUAAAGAUUAUGAGAUUAGUAAUGGUAGAUUUUCCUGCCAUGAAACUAUGUUGUUCCUUUAAAACAAGAGUAUAACCAAUCAGUAACAAUAGAAUCAAGUAAUAUAGAUAAGAUGAUGACUACAAACUAAUGCCUCCGAUUUUUCACAUAGAUUCUUAUGAAGAUUGCUUGCAAAAAAACAAACACUUCUGUAGAGCUUCGUUAAAAUUAUAUCCGUCAAAAACCACCCAUUCGACAAAAGUUUGGAAUUUAAUACAGGAAACCAAAAGGUUCAAAACUUAUUACAAUCAUGACGAAUUGUACCACGCAAUUUGUAUUAACGAUAGUCUGGUUAACAAAAAUAGCACAAGUUCUUUGAAAACAGCUGUAACAAAAAUGUACGCUCAAAAAUAUGAGGAUAGAGGACUAACCACAGAAGUCGUAACAAUCGAAUGUGAAAAUCUUGUGUAUCGUACGAAUACAUUUGAUAUCUCGCUAUUGUGUUUCAUUGUGAUAUAUCUAAUAUUGAUAAUACUUGCAACUGCUUAUCACAUUAAAACAAACGAUGUCCAGAAGAUAAGUAGAUGCAUUAUAGUUUUUUCGAUUUAUUACAAUCUGACUAAACUUUAUAAAAUGUAUCGGCACGACAAUUUUCAAAAAUUACACUGCAUUCAAUCGAUACGUUUUUUCACGACGGUUUUAGUUAUAUUUUGCCACACUUUUUGCAGCUUUGCUGGUGGUUACAUUGCUAACACAAAAUAUUUGGAAGAUAUACCUUCAAACGUUAUUAGACAUAGUAUACGAAUCUUAUUUGUCUUUUUGGUACAAACCUUUUUUUUAAUAUCGGCGUGGCUUUUGUCCUAUAACACAUUCACAAUUUUCAAAAACACCAAAAAUAUAAAUGUUGUUAAAUAUACUUUCGUGACUAUAGUUAACAGAUAUUUAAGAAUAAUCCCACCUGUAUUGUUAAUGGUAUGUUUGGGGAGAAGUGUAUGGAUUUAUGGUACGUUUUCUGGACCCGUUAAGAACGUCUAUUCUGAUAAGGAAUAUCAGCGUUGUCAGAAAAACUGGUGGAUUGUUCUUUUAUUUCUCAGUAACCACUAUCAACAACACGAAAUGUGUUAUUUUACCGCCUGGUAUUUGUCUGCAGACACCCAACUUUAUGUCUUAUCGCUACUAUUUUUAACACUUAUGUUGAAAUUUAAGCAACUAAAAAUUUUUUUAAUGAUACUUUGUUUAUUACUGGGUAUUAUUAUUCCGUCUGUUGUGUCAUAUUUAUAUAAUCUUGAUACAAUAUACAGGAUUAAUCCAGAAAACGCGAAAAAUAACGGUUUUCUUUCGUUUGAAUUUAGUGCCACCUAUACUUCAACAUACUCAAACAUGGCUACAUAUACGCUAGGUUUGAUUUUUGGAUAUGUUUACUUUCGCGUAGAAAAUAAAGUUGUAUUUAAAAAAAAUAUUUACGUUCUAGUUUGUUGGACUCUGGCCACUGGAUUACCUUUAUUAAUAGUUAUGAUUCCCGCCUUCGAAUAUGGUAAAAUUACGUCGACAAUUUUGGCGGGAAUCUUAAAACCGUUGUACGCCUUCGGGAUUGGGUUAGGCAUUUUCGGAAUGUUAAAAGACACCGGCGGAUGGUUAAAGAAGUUAUGUUCAUGGAAACCGUUUGUGUUUUUUGGAAAUUUUACCUAUACUACGUAUGUGGUACAUUUUGGGAUAGUGUUCUAUAGAACCGCCUCGACUAGAACACCCAUAUACAUAUCUGACUAUAAUUUGUUCGUUGCGUUUCUUCAGGAUGUAGGACUAUCAUUCAUAUGUGGUUUCAUUGUUCACCUAUUACUAGAGAUGCCUCUGUCACAACUCCAGCACAUUUUCGUUUUUAAAUUCAGUGUUCAUAAGGCAAAACAUUACAAAAAACGUGAAACCACAUAAAAAUAAAAAUGCAAAUAUGUAGUA